AUGGCAUGGCCGGAACGCGCCCCCAGACGCUCGAUCGAAUUGCACGGCUUUCCAGCGGAAGGCUGUUUCCUAAAUAAAUAACUUUUAUAAAUUACACAUUUGUAAUUUAUAGCUUAUCGUAAACAUAAUCUACAUUUAUUUAUUGAUCAAAGCUGCAGAUUGCAUUCCUCUACGUUCGUGACAGUGUGGCACUCGACAACAGUUCACAAUCUGGUGAAGAUUGUCUGUUCAUAUAACUGGAACAAAAUCACGUGGCUCUGUCUACAAACAUCGUUCACUCAUCGUCGGAAAAUGAAGACGCUGAUUCUUGUGAUCGCUGCCAUAAUUUCUGCAAACGCAGAGAAACGUUUCAUAUACCCUAUUGGCGGCGGUGGCGGCCCUGGCAGCUUUGGCGGCGGAUCUACUAACUACCAUCCGUGCACGCCCCAGCAGUCGCACUGUGAUUUAAACUGCCCCUCGGGGUACCUCAAGGGUCCCAUGGGAUGUGACUUCUGUCAGUGCAGUCAUGACCACGUCACGCCCGGAUCAGUACUAACAGACCCAACAUCGCAUGUGACCACCGCCCGCACAACCGCAGCUCCCACGGCGGCCCCCUCCACCACCGUGGAUAUUUGCAAUACCGCGCAUGCGCUGUGCACCAACAAGUGUGGUGCGGGCGGAUUCCUCGUUGACCCAGACGACUGCACGUUUUGUGUCUGCAAGCAGCAGUCGGGCUAACAGUUCGACAGGCGAUACCGCACCGCUCACACACGAAUAUGUACUUGUACACAUUCUUGAAACUUGAAUAAAUUCUAAGUCGAA